AGGGCAGGGGGCGGGACCAGGCGACCUCCUAAAUCAAAGUUGGGCGGCGAGGACUGGGCGGAGGGGCCGCCGGGUGCCCGGCUGGGGCCGGCGGGGGAGGGGAGGGGAUGGGGGGCGGGCGCAGCGGACGGCGGAGCCGGCUGGACACGGACAGCUCCUUGGCUCCCUCCCUCGGCUCAUCCCCGCGGCCCCACUUCCCUCCUCCCCGCACUGCGAGCAGCAUCCUCUGCGGACCCUCGGUCCUCGCGCCCGGGGUCGUCCCGCUCCUGCGGCUCGGCGCGGUGGCCUCCCCUGGCCCGCCACCCCGGCAACUUUCUCCGCCCGCUCCCCCGGGUUGGGGGCUGCCGUGCCCGGGGCUAACUGGGGGCAACCUCUGGAGAAGGGCUUCAGAGUCCCGGAGGCGCCCGCCACCCGCAGCCUGCCCGCGGCGGGCCUGCCGUCGGAUCUCGGCACCCUCUCCUCCCCUCUCCCCGAACUAUGACCGAGAUGAGCGAGAAGGAGAACGAACCGGAUGACGCGGCCACCCAGAGCCCCCCAGGGACCGUCUCCGCCCUCCAGGAAACCAAGCUCCAGCGAUUCAAGCGCUCCCUUUCCCUCAAGACCAUCCUCCGAAGUAAGAGCUUGGAGAACUUCUUCCUUCGCUCGGGCUCUGAGCUCAAGUGCCCCACCGAGGUGCUGCUGACGCCCCCGACCCCACUGCCCCCUCCCUCCCCACCACCCACAGCCUCGGACAGGGGCCUGCCCACCCCAUCCCCCUCCCCAUGUCCCAUCCCACGCCCCCUUGCAGCGCUCAAACCAGUGAGGCUGCACAGCUUCCAGGAACAUGUCUUCAAGCGAGCCAGCCCUUGUGAGCUGUGCCACCAGCUCAUUGUAGGAAACUCCAAGCAGGGCUUGCGAUGUAAGACGUGCAAAGUCAGCGUCCACCUCUGGUGCUCUGAGGAGAUCUCCCACCAGCAAUGCCCAGGCAAGACGUCCACCUCUUUCCGCCGCAACUUCAGUUCCCCUCUCCUGGUGCAUGAGCCGCCACCAGCCUGUGCCACAAGCAAAGAGUCCCCACCCACUGGGGACAGUGGAAAGGUGGACCCUGUUUAUGAGACCCUGCGCUAUGGCACCUCCUUGGCACUGAUGAACCGCUCCAGUUUCAGCAGCACCUCUGAGUCCCCGACAAGGAGCCUGAGUGAGCGGGAUGAGCUGACCGAGGAUGGGGAAGGCAGCAUCCGCAGCUCCGAGGAGGGGCCUGGUGACAGUGCAUCUCCAGUAUUCACAGCCCCAGCAGAGGGCGAAGGGCCAGGACCAGAGGAGAAGAGUCCUGGACAGCAGCCCCCCAAAGCCACCCUGCGGAAGGAUGUGGGGCUCAUGUACUCCUACGUCGCACUCUACAAGUUUCUGCCCCAGGAGAACAAUGAUCUGGCUCUGCAGCCUGGAGAUCGGAUCAUGCUGGUGGAUGACUCUAACGAGGACUGGUGGAAGGGCAAGAUCGGCGACCGGUUUGGCUUCUUCCCAGCUAAUUUUGUGCAACGGGUGAGGCCAGGCGAGAAUGUUUGGCGCUGCUGCCAACCCUUCUCCGGGAACAAGGAACAGGGUUACAUGAGCCUCAAGGAGAACCAGAUCUGUGUGGGCGUGGGCAGAAGCAAGGAUGCUGACGGCUUCAUCCGCGUCAGCAGUGGCAAGAAGCGGGGCCUGGUGCCAGUCGACGCCCUGACCGAGAUCUGAGAGGAGCCAAGGGAACCGAGAUACCACCCUUGCCCAUGCCUGGACCCUGCUUCUGGCCAGGGAGGGGAUCAGGCCCCCUUGUCCACUCCAUACCCUUCCUCCCUCUGUCUCUCUCCUAGGUGCCACUUACUGUGGCUUAGGAGCCUUCUGUACUGAGGAAGAUUUUAUUUCUUGAGUGGGGUGCCCUGAGUGGGUUGAUCCUCUGGGACUUGGUGGGGAUGGGGUGGGGUGGGAGGGAAUGAGGAAGCUACAGGUAGGUCCACCCAGCGCCCAGGCACCCCAGUCUACUCGCUGGGCUGAGUCCAGCCCUGGGGAAGGUUCCCAGGGAAUUUCUUUGCUGCUUCUCCCAGCCUUCCCCUGCCCACACCACCUGCGCAUGCCUGGCACACCCCUCUCCCCACAGAGCCUCUGCUUGGGUCUAUGUGUGUGUGACCAUGCAUCUGCUCCUUUGCAAGUGAGGUCUUGGGAGCAGGCCUUUUUGUGUCCUCGGCCCUCCACCCUGGGUGGGGAGGGGACCCAGGGCCAUAGGAAGGUCCUGAGUCCACCUCCUGGUCUCCACCUCUGUCAUUCCGUCAAUUCUCAGGAAAGUUUUGCAGGAAUCUCUCCCAUUACUUGAAACCUGGGCCGACAGAGGAGGGGAAGGCUGAGGUCCCUGGAAGGUGUGACAAAUCAGAGACUGUCCGUUCAAGUAGAAAACCCAAGAGCUGGCCGGGUGUGGCGGCUCACGCCUGUAAUCCCAGCACUUUGGGAGGCUGAGUUGGGCGGAUCACCUGAGGUCAGGAGUUCAAGACCAGCCUGCCAACAUGGUGAAACCCCGUCUCUACUAAAAGUACAAAACUUAGCCAGGCAUGAUGGUGGUCUGCCUGUAAUACCAGCUACUCCAGAGGCUGAGGCAAGAGAAUCACUUGAACCCGGGAGGCGGAGGUUUCAGCGAGCUGAGAUUGCACCAUUGCAUUCCAGCCUGGGCAACAGAGCGAGACUCUGUCUCAAAAAAAAAAAAAAAAGAAAGAAAGAAAAGAAAACCCAAGAGCUGCCUGGACACACGGAAACCCAACUGAGAACAAAAUCCUGGCCCAUGCUUGGUCAAAGCAAACCCAUUUCACUGUCAGGACCCCCGGUCACGCAGGAACCACCCGCCAGGGGAGUCUGUGACUGUCAGUUCCAGUCCCAGGCUUUGCCCAGCCGCCCCAGGAACCCAACCCUCUGGGCUGACCUUUCUCCUGCUUCUCUCUAGGCUCUGCAGGGGACAGGGCAGGUGCUGCAGGAGCCCCUUUGCUGGCUUUAUCUGCUCCCUUGUUCUGGACACAGAGCCCUGGGAAAAAGAGGGGGUGGAAGACAGAUAAGGAAGGUGGAAUGUUCUGUUUGGCCACCAGGAAAUGGGGUGAGGUGGGCAUACACAAAGAGGACCCCUCUCUUAAUACAGGCUGCUUUUCUCGGUGCCAACCUCCCUCCCCCAAGCUCAGAUCCUCCUCUUAUGCCCUUGAUUGUGCCAGCCCAUGCCACCCCCAUCCUGGGCACAGUUACACCCUCCCAUGCAGUGGGAGAAACACAGACCCUCCUACCCAAAGGCCCCUGCCCCACUUCUCCCCUGCAAAGCGGGGUCUCAAGCCACACUGCCCUGUUUGCUGCCAUGAGGCCCCCCCAGCAAUAUCCCAGGGGCGGGCCCAAUGCCCACUGUACAUGAGGCUGCAUGAUGGGUCUGGGGCCUUGCUGAGCCCCCAGACCCCUAAUUAAAUGUUUCUUGUCCCAGCCCA